AUGACGGUCAAGGGACUCAAGGAUAACCGCCAGGAGGUACACAGAGGACUGCAGCCCUCGUUUAGCGCAACGAUUCCGACCCGGCUGUCGAACCGGCAGACGACCAGAAGCUCAGCCGUGGAUAAGACUCAGGUACCCAACUUUGAGUCCAUCCCAAUUUCCCAUUCUCUCCUCCUUCUCUCAGACUCCGCGCUUCCCUUAGGCUCUUUCGCCUACUCAAGCGGGUUGGAAUCAUAUAUUGCUCACAACAAACCCCUGCCCUCGCAUAUAACCCCAGUCACAUCUUUCAACUGGUUCCUCUCGCUUUCUCUUGCGUCGAUCGCGAGCACCACGAUCCCCUACCUACGCCGCGCGCAUACGCAUCCCGAAGAGCUGGAAACAUUAGAUAAUGAUCUCGACGCAUCGACACCAUGUACAGUCGCAAGACGGGCUAGCGUCGCUCAAGGCCUUGCCCUGCUACAAGUCUGGGAGCGGGCGCUAAAACCAUCAGCCAUGCAGCGAAUUCAAGAGGGCCAGCAAGACAACCAACACCACACUGUGCGCGCCGUCGCAGUGUUGGACCAGUUCUCAGAAUCAUUGAAAUGUGUCGGUAUAGAUGAAGAACAUGAUGAAGUCAAUGGUGUUGUCAAUGGACAUUUCGCCCCGUUAUGGGCGAUUGUAUGUUUGGCGCUGGAUAUUGACCUGGAACAAGCGGCCGCUGCCGUGAGAGCGUCUGUUAUGGGGCCUUAUCAAUCUCAGGGUGUGCUUGCUGGCAACACACUCCAGAAGACUAUUGCUGAACUCCUACAGAAAGAGUGGUGGACGGAGCCUGAAGACGCAGGACAGGUUGUUCCGAUUAUGGAUCUAUGGAUGGGAAGACAUGAAUUGCUGUAUAGUAGAAUAUUCAAUUCUUAA